CUGAGCCCUGUCGUGGUCUGUACAGGUGAGGGUCGUGCCCUCUGUGACGGGCCGUCUGUGGUGGCCGACCAGCACCGCUGGACUGUGUUUAACUCUAAGGUCAACCUCCCGGCGGCCCUCAACGAUCCCAGGCUGGCCAAGAGAGAGUCAGACUUCUUCACGAAGACGUGGGGCCUGGACUUCACCGAGACCGACGUCAUGCCCUCGUUCUACCUGCCCAGCAUCAGCCGAGAUCACUUCAGCUCGUACCUGCAGGAGACGGCUCAGAGGGAGAAGAUUCACGAGCGCUUCAAGAACGUUUGCCCGAGCAAAGACGAUCUGUCCGUGCCCACCAUCACCAACAAUCAUGAUAAAGCCAGAGCUGAACUGGAGCAGGUGCCCAAGAUCUUCAUGAAGCCUGAGUUUGUACUGAAUGAUCCAGCCACGUUUAACGCUGUGUUGCCGUGGUCUCACUUCAGUGUUGCCGGGGGCAAGAACAGCCGAGAUGUUGCAUCGUCACGGUUACUACAGGAAAAGUUGAGUCACUAUCUGGACGUGGUGGAGGUGAGCAUCGCUCGGCAGAUCUCUCUCCGCUCCGAGGCCUUUUUCCACGCCAUGUCGUCGCAGCAUGAGCUCCAGGACCGUCUGCGAGAGACGGCGGAGGCCGUGGCCAAGCUCCGCGCUCGCACCGCCGCCAUCGACCGUGUGAUGUGCCGCGGGCCGCUGCGAGCGCUGAGGGACGCACUCACACGAAACAACUGCAUCAAACUACACAACAAACUCAAGCUGAUGGCUGCCGUGCACCAGACGCAGCCCACGGUGCAGCUGCUGCUCUCCACCUCAGAGUUCGUGGGAGCGCUGGAGCUCAUCGCCACCACCAAAGAAGUGCUGCAGCAGGAACUGCAGGGCAUUCACAGCUUCAGACAUCUGGGCUCUCAGCUCUGUGAGAUGGAGAGGUUGAUCGAUAAGAUGAUGGUGGCUGAUUUCUCCACGUAUGCCCAGAGCGAUCUCAGCCGACCCUUCGAGGAGGACAGCCAGGUCCUGGAGAAGGUCAAUUGUGAAUCCCUGUGUGUGUGUGUGUGUGUGUGUGUGUGUNGUCUGUUGAGGCAGAGGAAGCUGGAUUUCCUGGACAUCUACAGCGAAGAGAUGGUGCGCGCCGCCAAGAACGUGGUUCGACAGUGUGUCGUGAAGUCUGUGUCGCAGAUCAGUGAGAUCGACGCCGACGCUGUCAAUAGGUUUCACGAGCAGAUGCGCCUGAUGACGUUUAAUCAGUGGUUUGAUCUGCUGCUGGAUAUUUUUGAACACUUCAUCCUGUUCCUCAAGAGGAUCAAGGCUACGCUUAGCGUCAUCCGCAACGUGGUGCUAGAGGUGCUGGACAGCAGCCAGAGGAGUCGCCUGGCGGACGUUUCCACGGCAACCGAUCAUGCUGACGGCAGGACCAAUGAGGACGAAGAGGAGGAGGAAUCUGGAGGCGGAGAGGCGGAGCUGGCAUAUCUCACGCACGAGGGGCUGUUCAUCAGCGACGCCCUGAAUGAUGCGGAGCAGCGCAGUAACGCCGCGGCACAUGCUCAGACGAGAGCGCAGGCGCGCACCGACGCCGGCGGGAGUGACUCGGCCUCCGCCACCACCGAGUCAUCCUCCAGCAGGGAACACAACUCCAACACUACCUCCUCCCUGCCCUUAGGGGGCGCCGCUGCCAUCAGUGAGGACGUGAUGCCGUCUGAUCUGGAGUUGGGUCGGGUGGCCAAUAACGUCCAGGAGCUGCUGUACACGGCCUCAGACGUCAGUCAUGACCGCUGCGUCAAAGUGCUCAUGACACGGGCCAAGGACGGCUCUCUGGAGCGUCUGAGCUCGUCAGAGUUCGUGUGUCUGAGUCAGGCGGUGGAGUCGUUCGUGUCGGACACCGAGGAGCUGUGCGGGCGGCGCAGCGUGAGCCUGAGGGGGGCGCUGCAGAGCCAGGCCUACCGCUUCGUGCAGCGCUUCCACGAGGAGCGCAAGACUAAACUCAGUCUGCUGCUGGAUAACGAGCGCUGGAAGCAGGCCGAGGUCCCCGCUGAGUUUCAGGAUCUGGUUGACUCCAUCGCUGACGGACGCAUCACUCUGCCCGAGCGCAAACCCUCUGGGUCCGAGGACAGGAAGCCCAGUGAGUUUCUGUUUGUGGACGGGCAGAAGUAUGCCGUGGUGGGGACGGUGCUGCUGCUGAUACGGAUGUUUCUGGAGUACUGCCAGUGUGUGAAUGACAUUCCCUCCAUCACCACCGACAUCCUCACACGUUGUGCUUUGUUUCUAUGGCGACAGCACUUCAACUCCCGCAGCUGUCAGCUGGUGCUGGGGGCGGGAGCUCUGCAGGUGGUCGGCCUGAAGACCAUCACCACCAGAAACCUGGCUCUGGCGUCUCGCUGUCUCCAGCUGGUGGUUCACUACAUCCCUGUGAUCCGAGCACACUUUGAGACCAGACUGCAGCCCAAACAGUACAGCAUACUGAGACACUUCGGCCACAUCACCAAGGACUACAACGAUCACAUCGCAGAGAUCUCCGCUAAGCUGGUGGCCAUCAUGGACAGCAUGUUUGAGAAGGCUCUGUCGAAGUAUGAGGUGAAGGCGCCGAUGCCGUCCGCCUGCUUGCGUAACGUGUGUAAACAGAUGGCCAAAAUGCACGAGGCCAUUUAUGAGCUCUUACCGGAGGAGCAGACGCAGAUGUUGUUCCUCAGGAUAAACGCCAGCUUUAAGCUGCAUGUGAAGAGACAGCUAGCGCGGCUAGGAGUCAUCAAUGAUGGAGGACCUCAGUACGGGCUGGUGAUGGUGGACGUGGCGUUUUACUCGGAGAACGUGCAGGCUCUGCGCUCUCUGGAGCGUCUGGACUUAAACAUGCCGGAGAUCUGGGAGCAGAAGAGGUGAUGACGGACAGCUAGUCUCGGCCAAUCAGGCCUCUCCGUCACUCCUGCCAUCUCAGUGACCAGCUCCGAGGUCGGUGGACAAACAGACUGACGCUCUCCACCUCCUGUGCUGACAGGACAGGCUUCUACAGAGACCAAAUCAGGACAAGCUGGAGGGUUGAUCAGUCGCCGCUGGGAAUUGUGGGGAAUGUUGUUUUGUUGCCGGAGACUCGUCCUCAGUGCCUCCUUCAGUACCGCCACUACAGUGCAACUUUCCCUUCGUGUGCAAUUCUGAUUAUUGUUGUUAUUAUUGCUGAAUUAUUUAAUCACAGAGGAAUCAUGAAAUGGUUAUUUAUUUUAAUCAAUUUUGAUGUUGGUUGAUCAAUCAUGUUUUUGUUUUUUUUUGUUUUUUUCCACGUGAAGCUUUCAGGUCAUAACGGCCAGAAGGAGAACUAAUACUAAAAAGGGUUUUAAACACAUUUCGCUGACUACUUCUUUGACUUUCCACCCACAUUUUUUUUUUUUAGUGGCUGCUUUUGGUUUCGUGUUCAAGGCCGCUGAGUCGAAGUGUUAAAACUCUGAAGGAAUUCUGGUCCAGGUUUUUCAGGAGAAUCUGACUAUUUAAAAGAGGUUUAUAUGUGUACAUGAAGAAGAUCUGCUGUACUCAUCUUCAAUGAAAUCAAAUCAAAUCUUUUACAGUAAUCAGGAUUAGAUGAGUGCUGCAAAACAAUGAAUCACAUCCAAAAUAAACGCUUUUUGUUUACAAUACGUGUGUGUGUGUGUGUACUGUGUAUAUUUAUUAUUUAUAUUUAAAUACACAUACACGUGUAUAUCAAAGAAGAAUGUUAUAGUAACGUAUUAAAUAUAUUUCUAAUAUUAAUAUAUGCAUGUAAAUAUUUCUAAAAUGUGUGUGUAUUUAUAUAUACAUAAUAAAUAUGCACGGUACACAUACAUCUUUUAUUUUAGAUGUGAUUAAUCGUUCAGCACUAGAUGCAAACUAUUGAAGAUGGUGUUUAAACUCACCCCCAGAAGAGAAAGAGAAACCGUCUGAAAGUGAAAGAUCUUUACAUCUUUAUAGUUUCCUGUCCAUGCAGACUAAAGCGUACGCAGUGUUACUUUAACCCGAUGUCAUGUGAGUAAAUCGAGGCUUGCGGUCGGUCGGUGUGAAUGGUUUUCAAUCACAUCUUGUUUUGCUGAGUUUCUGUUCAGGAGGAUCCACGUAUCGCUUUAACACUCGUUCUGUCCGGUUCAAAAGUGCCUAACCUUUUAUUUGGUAUCAAACUGACUCAAACUGUACAUUUGUGGGCUACAGUGCCUAGUCUGUUCGUGUGUGUGUGUGAGUGUGUAUGAGUGUGUGUUUCGAGGGCCCUUGUUGCGGCAAAGAAAUAUACUGAUGGGAAACUCUUGUGGCAUGUUUGACCUUUUAAAAUGUGGUACUUUUUAUUAUUAAUAAAGCCACGGUGAACAUAAA